AUAAAAUAGGGUGAAGAAGUAGAGCCCACAAAUGGAAUAAACAGGGUGUGAUAGAGGUGGGAAGGAUACAUUUCACCAUAAUAUUAUCUCCACAAACAAAGCUACCAAUGUUUUAGUAACCAACACGCACAGAUUAACACACACAAACACAAACAGAGAGAGAGAGAGAAAGGAGACAUUAUUAUACACCAUCAUGAGCAGAAGCUUCUUUCCCAAUAGAAGUGGAAAUGCCCUCCCUGUAUCCACCACCGACGAUGAUGCAGCCGCAGCAGGAGGCAUUCGCAGACGUCUAUCAAGUUCCUCCCUCAACAACAUCCCUGCAGCUGCUGCUAAUUGGUCAUUUCCCAGAUCCAAGUCCCUCCCCUCCUCAUUCUCAUCCGUAGGUGAUUCUAUAAAAAACUGCUGGCUCUGGAUAUUCGCCUGGAUCCUCUCCCGGAAACCUAUCUUUGCAACAGAUCUUGAAAUGAACGAGCAGGAAACAAAGCACCUGGAAUCCGCCGACAGAGGAAGUUGGAAGCAUGUUUUCUACCGGAUGCGUUCUGAGAUCAGAAGAAUCACCAAUUCCGAUCACUCUCAUCUUCCUCAAACCUACACACCAAAGCCACAAACAAUGAUAUAAAAUUCAUCACCAUUCACCACCGAGUGCGAACCACUCUAUAAUACCCGCCACUGUUAAUUAUUUUUUUGAAUGCAUCUUCCAAUAAAUUAGUCUUAAGAUCAGUUCAUGCAUCAUUUCUUCGAAUUCAUAGCUUUUCUCCAUAAAAUUCCUUCUGUAAUUGUGUAAUAUUCAUUGUUGCCUUGUCCGUCAUAAACGUGACAAAAAAAGGUUGUACGUAAUUACUUUACGUAUUAUUGUUGUUAUUCUAUCUGUAUAAUAAUAAUAAUAAUAAUAUAACUAGGUUGUUUUGUGGAUUGCAA